AUCAUGGAGUCUUCCAAGACCUUCAUGAGACAGAUGCCGAUCACACCAGGCUACAGUGGCUUCGUGCCCUACCUGAGCUGCCAGGGCACCUCCAGCGAGGACAACAUGGCCCACUGUCUGAAAAUCUUCCAGGAGAACACACAGCGGUAUAAAGACCAGCUGGAGGAAUUCCACUGCUCUGUGGCCACUGCUCCCAAGCUGAAACCUGUCCGCUCGGAAGGGACGGUCCUGCGGACACUGCACCAGUAUUACCGGCAGUACCAUCCCUUGAGUCUGGAAUGCAAGAACAUAAAGAAACCUCUCCAUGAGCCCCCCAUCCCUGGCUGGGCAGGCUACCUGCCGAGAGCCAGGGUCACUGAAUUAGGCUGCUCCACGCGGUACACCGUCAUGGCCAGAAACUGCUACAGGGACUUCCUGGACCUCAUGGAGCAGGCCAAACAAGCACACCUGAAACCAUAUGAGGAAAUAUAUGGAGUUAAGUCCACACCACCUCCUCCUACUCCUCCUCCAAAAGUUUUGUUGCAUGAAGGGCUGCUGCCAAAAUAUCCGGAUUUCUCUGUUCCAGGUGUGAGGUGUCCUACCCUCAGCCGAGCCUUGAUGGAGGACCCCAGACCCCAGAUGAUGUGUGGCUGUUCUCAGAGGCCAAGUGUUUGGUGCAGCGGGAAGAUUUACUUAGAGCCGCUGUGUGCAAGAAAGGACAUGGAAGUAUAGGAGUGGGGAGCUCCCUAAGGAGAGGCGGUCAUUACCCGGGGAUCAGAAGCUUCCCGUCCUCACACAAGAGUGCUUCACACACCUGACAGACAUGGGAAAUUUCCUAAGAAUCCUUUUCACUGCCACCUGCAUCCUGACCAUUGAGCAAUAACAUGUCAUUCUUGAUAAAGGCCUUUUAUUGUCGUGUGAGUAUAAAGAGGUAUACUGCUCAGCCUU